CCAGUCAGCUGACUCUGCCGGGCUGCGCCGUCAUCGGGACUAUAAGCGCGCGACCUCUGGGCUCUCCGCUCUGACCCGGCCGCCAGGUCCCGACGCUGCCGCCGCCACCGCCGCCGCCGCCGCCAUGCAGCCCCCCCGCCUGCUGGUGCUCAUCCUCGGCCUCCUGGCAGCGCCCGCCGCCGCGCUGGUCAGAAUUCCACUGCACAAGUUCACAUCCAUCCGCCGGACCAUGUCGGAGGUGGCGGGCCCUGUAGAACACCUGAUCGCCAAGGGCCCCAUUUCCAAAUACGCCCAGGGGGAGCCCGCCUUGGUCGGGGGACCAGUCCCUGAGAUGCUGAAGAACUACAUGGACGCCCAGUACUACGGGGAGAUCGGCAUCGGGACCCCCCCACAGUGUUUCACCGUCGUCUUCGACACCGGCUCGUCCAACCUGUGGGUCCCCUCCAUCCAUUGCAAACUGCUGGACUUCGCCUGCUGGAUCCACCACAAGUACAACAGCGGGAAGUCCAGCACCUACGUGAAGAACGGCACCUCCUUCGACAUCCACUACGGCUCGGGCAGCCUCUCUGGGUACCUGAGCCAGGACACCGUGUCGGUGCCCUGUAACUCAGCUUCCUCGGGCGCCGGCGUCAAGGUGGAGAGGCAGAUCUUCGGGGAGGCCACCAAGCAGCCGGGCAUCACCUUCAUCGCGGCCAAGUUCGACGGCAUCCUGGGCAUGGCCUACCCCCGAAUCUCCGUCAACAACGUGCUGCCCGUCUUCGAUAACCUCAUGCAGCAGAAGCUGGUGGACAAGAACGUCUUCUCGUUCUACCUGAACAGGGACCCUAACGCGCAGCCGGGGGGCGAGCUGAUGCUGGGCGGCGUGGACUCCAAGUACUACAAGGGCUCCAUCGCCUACCUCAACGUCACGCGCAAGGCCUACUGGCAGGUCCACAUGGACGAAGUGGCCGUGGGCAGCAGCCUGACCCUGUGCAAGGAGGGCUGUGAAGCCAUCGUGGACACAGGCACCUCCCUGCUCGUGGGCCCCGUGGAGGAGGUGCGGGAGCUGCAGAAGGCCAUCGGGGCCGUGCCCCUCAUCCAGGGAGAGUACAUGAUCCCCUGCGAGAAGGUGUCCAGCUUGCCCGAGAUCACCCUGAAGUUGGGGGGCAAAGACUACAAGCUCAGUGCGGAGGAUUACACGCUCAAGGUGUCCCAGGGCGGCAAGAGCAUCUGCCUCAGCGGCUUCAUGGGCAUGGACAUCCCGCCGCCGGCGGGCCCGCUCUGGAUCCUGGGGGACGUCUUCAUCGGCCGUUACUACGCCGUGUUCGACCGGGAGGAGAACCGCGUGGGCCUGGCCGAGGCCACCAGGCUGUAGCCGCCCGCCCGCAGGAAAGGAGAGUCGGUGGAAGGAGGUGGCCGUCUGCCCUCCUGGUGUCCGCCUCCCGCACACACUUGCACACUCACACUCACCUGCUCACGGCCCAGUUCUCCAGGUUGCUGGCCCGAUAGCCGCCGCUGUUCUGGAAUUUUUCCUUCCCUGGUUUCAGAAGGCCGCCUGCCUGCCUGCCUGUCUGAAGGGGUGCUGGGGCUCCUUCACACUGGGAAGACCCAGCUCGGCUUGGCGGCCAUCAGUGGCGCCCCCCUCACUGGUGUCCUACCCGGGCCAGGCCUCUCUGGGCUGAGCCCCCACCCUGUGCCCGGCUGGCUUCCUGGUUCCCUCUCUGCCCGGCCCAGGGCCUGGAGCCGGGCACUGCUGGCCGGCUCUUCUAUUUGGUUUGUCUCAGGCCCAGCCAGCCAGGGCCAUUCGGGGCCUGGGGACCAGCAGGGAGGAGCUGGAGGCAGUGGGAGGGGACAGAAGCCAGCCUGGUGAUGCCUGUGGGUCACCCUGGUCCUUGUCCCCACCAGGGAGGGCGUUGUCUGGCCCGAGGUGGGGCGGGAGGGGGGGUGCUGGCCCGGACCCUUUCUGAGGCUGUCCCCUCAAAUGGCCGGGAGCCGAAGUUGAUGUGAAAAUAAAGUUGCUGGGGCUGCUU